AGUUUUAUUUUAAAAAUUAUUCGUAGCAUUUCUUCGUGUUUACUUUUUAACUUCCAAGCGUGGAAUUUCCCUUUUAUUAUCGCGACGUCUUUGGCUUUUCACUCUGCAAUUUUCAAAAUGAAUCGCUUGCGUAGGAGCUUCCUGAAGUCGGUCAUUCGGCAGGCCUGCGGCGAGCCGGCUGGCUUCAAGGGUCUCGUGGUGGGUCUCUACCAGAAGGAGGGCGACAAGGGUCCCAGGCUGACGCCCAGCGGCGAGAAGCUGGACGAUCGCCUGCACGGCCGACUUUCGGAGCUGAUCUGCCAGACAAAGAUCACCGGGGCGCUGGGCCGGGGCAAAGUAUUCAACAGCGUCGAUCCGGAAUAUCGCAGCAUUGCUGUGGUCGGUGUGGGGCUCGAGGGCAUCGGCUUCAAUGAGCUCGAGAUGCUGGACGAGGGCAUGGAGAAUGUGCGCAAGGCUGCCGGCAUUGGUGCUCGAUCCUUGCAGGAGGUUGGCUGCCACGAGGUGUGGGUCGAUGGCAUGGACUAUGCCGAACAGGCGGCCGAGGGCGCUGGCCUCGCCACAUGGCGCUUCACCGAGCAGCUGUCCAAGAAGAAUACUCCAAUGAUACCGAAACUGGAGCUAUACGAUUCCCCCGACAUUGACAACUGGACGCGUGGCAUCUUCAAGGCGGAUGCCCAGAACCUGGCGCGGCGGCUCAGCGAUUCCGCCGCCAACUGCAUGACGCCCACAACAUUCGCGCAGAACACCGUGGACGCUCUCUGUCCUUGUGGCAUCACAGUCGAGGUGCGCACCAUGGACUGGAUUGAGAACCAGAAGCUGCACUCCUUUCUCAUGAUCGCAAAGGGCAGCUGUGAGCCGCCCGUCGUUAUGGAGCUGAGCUACUGCGGCACCUCGCCCGAGGACAAACCCAUUCUGUUUGUGGGCAAAGGCAUGACCUUCAAUUCGGGCGGCCUCAAUCUGCGCAGGUGCAGGGGCAUGGACGAGUAUCGUGGUUCCAUGUCUGGCGCUGCUGCCUGCGUGGGAAUGUUGCGCUGCUGCGCCGCUCUCUCGCUGCCCAUAAAUAUCGUUUGCAUUAUCCCGCUGUGCGAGAAUUUGCCAUCGGGAAUGUCGUGCAAGCCGGGCGAUGUCGUCACCCUGCUCAAUGCCAAGUCAAUGGCUGUGCGGGAUCUGGACAAGGCCGGUGUCGUGAUGAUGGCCGAUCCAAUGAUCUACGGACAGAAUGCCUACAAGCCGCGUCUCGUCAUCGAUGUGGCAACACUGGCCACCGGCGUGCAGAUGGCCUUUGGUGGCGGCGCCACUGGCAUCUUCUCCAAUUCCCAUUACAUUUGGAAGCAGUUCCAAGGUGCCGGCGCCCUCACUGGCGAUCGUGUCUGGCGUUUGCCUUUGUGGAAUUACUACAAGAAGCAAGUCACCGACGAACUUGGCUACGAUCUGAGCAACAAUGGCCGUGGCCGUGCCUCGUCCUGCCUGGCGGCUGCAAUUCUGCACGAGCUGGUGCCCUGCUCAGAUUGGGCACAUCUCGAUACACGCGGCACUGGCAUGCUCACGAAAUACGGCAUCAUACCCUAUCUGACCCAGGGACGCAUGACUGGGCGACCCGUGCGGACCAUGGUGCAGCUUAUCUAUCAAUUGGCAUGCCCGGCACACAAGUAAUUGUC